AUGAUGCUUUCUAGAUUGGGCUAUGCCCCUGGGCAGUAUAAUCCCAACUUCUGGUGUAUACUGCACGGGGUGUACAUAGCAUGGUGGUUGGCGAAGCGAGGGGAGCCCUCCUUUGAGCAGUUCAUGCAUCUGUACUCAGUGUCUAGGCAACAGGGCAACUUUGGCUGGGUGCAGGUCAACUGUCGAAAGGCGAAGGAGAGAGGAUACUUUAUAGGGCAUCCACCAUCGUCGCAGAAGACAUGGCGAAAUCGGUGGUUCUUUGCCUUCGGUGAUUGGGAGUGCUGGGCUGGGACGACUGUCAGCAACCAUGUGCCCACCCAAUUUCAGUCUAUAGGUUCUGUGAAAUGUAGGCCAGUGUCUAGGGAGGAAGAGGAAGAGAUAGAGCUAGUGAGGAGACAGGUGCCCCAGGAAGCGCGUGAGCUGAAAAAUAUUGUGACACCAGCUCUUCUUCUUCAGCCGGGGUUGCUUCAAGGAAUGGCUGAGGUGCCGAAGAAGGUGGUGAUCGUGGUUGAGGAUUCACCGAAGGUAGUGGUGGAUCCGGAGGAGAGGCAACGAAAGUUCCGAGAGAGAAGAGAGAAAGAUAUGGCCAAUAGGGUCGAGAAGCAAGCAAAGGGUGCGCCCAGCACAGCCGAAGGGACAGCAGCCCGGGCUGCUGAAAAGCGGCCUCGGCAGGAGGAUGACGAGCUGUUGGCGAAGCUGGAGAAGAAGCGGAGGGGGCUUGAGUCUUUGAUCCAUGACAUCAUGGGUGGAACAGUGUUGCCGCCAUUCGACCUAGAUCCCCUACCCAGGUUACCGCUCGAGAUGGAGGAGCUAUUCCCUGCAGGUACCGAGGAUAUAGACUUUGCCUCGGUUCGACGGGAGGCGAAGAAGGUAACCUUGGCCAUGCAUCGCCAGGAAGUGCCUCUUGUCAACACCUUCCUGACUAGGGUAAAGAUUGAUGCAGGGGAGCUUGCUCGAACCAAGGCCACGAACUUCUCCGAUCGAGUCCAAAAGACGGUGCUCUAUACCCCCAAUGCUUUUGGGGAUAUGUACCUCACUCUAGCCAGGGUGGAGAGAGAGGUAGACCUGGCGAGACGCCACUCUGAGACAGCUAAAGCCGCUACCGUUGAGGCUCAAGCUGCCAUCCGGGAGAGGAAUGCACUUCAGCUGAAGGUGGGGAGGUUGGAGCGGGAGCUAAAGGAGACAACCCAGCGGCUAGAGGUGGUGGAGGAGGCUAGGCUCGAGUUUAAGAGGAGGAUGACCGAGGAGCUGAGCGUGGCUCGUGCCGAGGCUGUGGAGGAGUAUAAGGGCUCAGACAGGUUCAAGAGCCUUGUGUUGGACGCGAUGGUCGAGGAGCAGUAUGGGUGGGAGAAACUGUUGGAUAUAAACUUCGACACAAGUGGUGUUCCCCCUCCCAUUCCUUCCGGUCGGGAGGCACUGUUUGCAGCUACUCCGUCUGCCGAGGCCACGAGUCCUUCUGAGGCCGAGACGAGGGGAGGUGCCGAUGCUAGCGGAGGGGAGUCGACCGUGGAUCCUGACACAACUGCCGAGGAGGAGGCGGACGACUGUGCCGAUGCCUGA